GAAUGCUCCACCAGUCUCCUGGGGCACAGCUGGACCUGUCCACUGCACACACAGGACUCUGAGGCUGCUCUGGCUUUGAAAUAAUCCUGCAAAGGGUUUUUCUCUUUCCUCGAGGGAAAGAAAGCCCAUUGAAAUAGAACCCAUUUCCUAUUAGGUUUUCCCCUGCUAAUGUCAUUCCAGUAGAGACCAAGUGAUGAUACAGAGGGGGAAGGAAAAAGUCGUAAGCUGAGCCUGGUCACAUUGCCCCUUGUGAUAUAGUUUUAUUUUUAACUUCAAAACACUUGAACUAUUUCUGUUUAAGUUUUCUCCCCUUCCCUGCCUUCCCAACAGAACUCUGUCCUCUGCUGCUGCGGAUACACCCAGGUACCUCCCGGAGAUCUGCUUGCUCACCAUUGAGGGACACAGGAGCAGCAGAUGCUGACUCAGCCUGCACUGUUAAGGAUACAUUGGAGUAAGGGGCAACUGAAAAUCGAAAGGCCAGCCAAGGGCCUCCAGAGCGAUACAAUGUGAAGAAAUAAAGGCCUGAAGAGGGAGGUGACCAGAGUUAAGAAGCAAGAAGAAAUUGGGAAGCUAUGGGCAGGGUACACAGGCCCCCACCUGGGCCACACAGGCAUUGUGAAGGAUGUAUCAACCGCCACUGCCAUGUUCCUGUGGAGCCCAACGUCUCCUGCCUGGUGAUAAGCUGCCACCUGCUCUGUGGUGCUACCUUCCACAUGUGCAAAGAGGCAGAGCACAAGCUCCUCUGUCCUUUAGAGCAGGUUCCAUGCCUCAACUCUGAAUAUGGCUGCCCCCUUUUAAUGUCCCGCCACAAGCUGGCCAAGCACCUGCAGAUGUGCCCGGCCAGCGUGGUCUGCUGCUCCAUGGAAUGGAACCGCUGGCCAAACGUGGACUCAGAAACAAUCCUUCAUGAGAACAUCAUGAAAGAGACCCCCAAUGAGGAGUGUUUAGAUACAGCCCUGGCCCUCCAGGAUCAGAAGAUUCUCUUCAGAUCCUUGAACAUGGUAGACCUUUUCCCAGAAACCAGAGAUGCCACGGAGGAGGAGCCAACCAGGAAUGGUGAUGCCAACUGGGAGGAAAUGGAAGGAGCAGUGGGAGGACCAGAUGCCAGUUUGGUACCACACAACGGUUUGUCAGCACCCAACGGGGAGAUGAAUGAGUUGAGUCAAGAAGAACGAGAGGCACUAGCCAAGACCAAAGAAGGGAUGGACCUGGCCAAGUUCAACAAGUGGGAAAACAUGUUCAGCAAAGAACAUGCAGCCUCUGCUUUAACUAGUUCAUCAGCAAAUUGUGAGAGCAAGAGCAGGGAUGGUGCAGGGACAGAACAGAUUUCCGCCGGCAAUAACGUGGUAGAGGGAGAGGCUGCUGCCAACGGCAAAGAACCACAGCAAGACCAGAAGCAGCAGGACUUUUCCGCAGCAAUGGAAAAGACAGGCCUUGCCCCCUGGCAGGAUGGUGUUCUGGAAAGACUGAAAACAGCUGUAGAUGCAAAGGACUAUAAUAUGUAUCUAGUGCACAAUGGGCGGAUGCUCAUUCACUUUGGUCAGAUGCCUGCUUGUACCCCCAGGGAGAGAGACUUUGUUUAUGGCAACCUUGAGGCUCAAGAAGUUAAAACCGUUUACACCUUCAAAGUUCCUGUGAGCUAUUGUGGGAAGCGAGCAAGAAUUGGGGAUGCCAUGUUGAGUUGUAGGCCGAGUGAACACAAGGCCGUAGAUACUUCUGACUUGGGGAUCACCGUGGAGGACCUGCCAAAAUCAGACCUCAUCAAGACCACCCUCCAGUGUGCUUUGGAAAGAGAACUCAAGGGCCACGUCAUCUCUGAAUCCAGGAGCAUCGAUGGGCUGUUCAUGGAUUUUGCCACACAGACGUACAACUUUGAGCCAGGACCAUUUUCCUCGGGGACAGUGCUGGCUGAUCUCCUGACUGCUGCCAACCCAGGAGGACUUCAUGUAGAGCUCCACAGUGAGUGUGUGACAAGGAGACACAACAAGAGUAGCUCUGCUUUUACUUUCACCUGCAACAAAUUCUUCAGAAGGGAUGAAUUCCCCCUGCACUUCAAGAACGUCCACACAGACAUUCAGUCAUGCCUCAACGGCUGGUUCCAACACCGAUGCCCCCUUUCCUACCUGGGAUGUACGUUUGUUCAGAACUAUUUCCGUCCCCCAGGACAAAAGGCCAAAGUGAUCUACAGUCAGAAGCUCAAGACCUUUGCCAUCAAGCCCGAGGUUGCUCCAGAGCUGAACGAGAGCAGGAAGAACAAGCAUCUCAUAGACCAUGGAGGAAAAAGCCAGAACUCUCUAACCAGCCUGCCCCUGGAGGUUUUGCAAUACAUUGCUGGGUUCUUGGACAGCAUCAGCCUGUCCCAGCUCUCCCAGGUGUCUGUGCUGAUGAGGAAUAUCUGUGCCACCCUGUUACAGGAGAGAGGGAUGGUCCUCUUGCAAUGGAAGAAGAAGAAGUACUCCCAUGGAGGCACCUCCUGGAAAGUCCACAGAGAGAUCUGGCAGUUCAGCAGCCUCUUCUCCCAAAUCAAGAGCUGGGAGUUUAAUGAAAUCACCUCCAUGUCUGAGCACCUGAAGGCCUGUCCUUUCAACAUCAUAGAGCACAAGACUGACCCGAUUCGUUUGACCAGCAUGUGUCAGCCCCGUGAGCAGACCCAAGAGAGCUUAGUCUCCACCUUUAGAACUAGACCACGAGGAAGACACAUCUAGAGAUUUGGAUGGCAUCAUUCUUGAAUUUUUCCUUGGAGUGAUUGAAAGCAGGACUGAGAAUGGUUUGAGAAAUCCCUGCUGUAACUGCAUAUUCUGCUUCAUUGCAUGUAUUGGAACAUAUGAUGUCUUUCAAAACCUCAGCAAUUGUACUAGAUCUAAGAAUUUCCUAAGCGAUGACUUAUAUGAUAAUGCCACACUGUGACUUACUUUUCUUUUUCUUUUUUCUAAAAUAGAUAAGUCUGAGGAGAGAAUAAGUAACUGAGGCUAUUUGGAAAGGAAUACAAGUCUUUAGGAAGUGAGAGAGCAAUGAAAUUCCAUAACCAACAUAAGCCAUGAUUUUACACUGGGCUUUUUGGUUUACAAAACUUGCAUAUUGGCAGGGCAGACAGUGCAUGGACAGUAAGUUACUUCCUAGGGUGCAGAGUUACCUCCCAGGGUGCCAGGGUGGAGGGCAUCCAGCUCUAAGGUUCUGAAGCUGGGCCUGUCUUGACAGCCAAGUUCAGGGUGACUUUUGGUGACCCUGAUGCCUCUAAACCCAAGUAGUCCCAAUUCAGCCUGAUUGAACAGAGCCCCCUGGCUGAGCACAGCAGCCUGGAGGAUACCGCAGGCCAAAAGGUAAGGACAGUAAUGAGGUCACCGAGUCUCUUGUGUAGAUUCUUACCAAGGUAUAGAAAGGAAGCCUUGAAAAACGAGGGAGAGUCCAGAGGAGACUCUGUAUUUUCAAAGAAAGGACAAAAGCCUCAAGCCUACUUUUUAACGUUUUUAAUAAUGAUUCAAGAGUCAAGGUUGUUUUUUCCUGAGACGUAUAUUAUAGGUCUGGGUGAAGGAGAGCAUAGGCAUAGCUCAGUGCCACCCUAUGUCUGAAAUGACCUCCAUACAUGAUGCCAACCUCAGUGUCAUGCCAGGACACACAGGGAAGCUGAGGAGACUUCGUGUUGGGUAAAGUCCAAACAAGACCCCCCACAGUUCCUGUGGUACCGGCCCACAGGUACCAUACACCACUUGGAUAGUCCACUGGGGGCCCUGGAGAGAAAGACAUAUGAACACAGUGGUUCCUUGGAUUGCCCCAAGCUUGCUGGUCAUUCCUCCAGCCUGUCAAAAACAGAUGCUACUGCUGUUUUUGGUAACAAACCAUGAAUAUUCACAAGCACAUAAGUAGAGGGAAAAGUCCCCAAUAAACUUGCAAUCCCUAAAGCCGAGUUUCCUAACCUUGGAACUCCUAGCCACUUGGAACCUGGACUAGCUUCACUACUGAGCUACCUCCCCAGCCCCUUUUCAUUUUGAGGCAGGGUCUCACUACGUUUCUGGAGCUGGUCUGAACUUGCGAUGCUCCUGCCUCAGCCUCCCAAGAUGCUGGGGUUACAGGUGUGCACCACUGUGCCUAACUGGAACUAUUGACAUUUUGAAGUGGAUAAUUCUUUGUCAUAAUGGACUAUUCUAUAUAUUAUAGGGUAUUUAGCAAUACCCUUGGCCUCUAUUAAAUCCACCCCCCCACUCCACAGUAGCACUCACACAGUGAACAGCCAACAAUGUCUCCAGAUAUUGCAGAAUGUCCUCUGGGAGCAAAGUGGCUCCAGGCUGAGAACCACUGUCCUAAGGAAUAUCAUAACAGUUAGUUUAAGUUUGGAUAUGCUUAUUUUUCAGUACAACAGAAUCUUGUUGCACAUAGCCAUCCACAAUGGCUGUGGUUUAAUGCUGCCCUUAUGUAUCUACUAAAUAGGUUUUAGAUGUCAGGUGAUAUUAAGUCAGAAACCAGAUGGAUCCAAUUGUUUGAUAUGGCUACAUGUCCCCGGGCCACAUGGAAGAAUAUGUAUUUUCUGCUCUCUCCAGUUAUAUCCAGGAAAGUUAUUUGUCUUAUGUUUAUGUCCUUCUUACCUUAAUCAGUGCCAUUUUCCAAGCAGUUGAGUUUCAAGCAAGUGAGAAAUAGGAAAAAGGGAGGACAGAACAAAAGGGAAGCAGAGAAAGAAUUCACCCAACAAAAGAAAUUGGCUCAUUCAUCUGGGUGCUUGUUUUGACUGGGUCGCCCCAGUUCAGAAAUGCUGUAGAUCACACCUCUGAGAAGAGUCAAGAUGGUGGUAGAGCAAGCCCCAAACCAGAAAUAUGCUCAUCUUUCAUUAUUAUGUGCCACUUGGUACUAUUUGGUAACGUAAUCUCACUUUUUCUAAUGCUUAUUGUUUGAUUUAUAUUUCACAUUUAUAUAUGUCAUUGUUUUCUAAAAAUAUAACUAGAGUGUGAUCUAAGGCUUUACUCAGUGAAGAUGAGUAACCAGAAGCAAACUCUGGAUGUCAGGUGUGGGAAAGAAGAAAGGAAGAGAGUUCUCUGGGUGUCAGUUACAUGUGUUUGGAAUCUGGUCCUUCUUAUGUGGAGGAAUAAUGCUCCCAAAGCCAGGAUUUCUAAUUAGAAAAAGAGAGAAAGAGGAACUACGGACAGAGGACGAUGAGUCAGGGCCGUGGUUGAGGAGCAACCACAGAGGCAUGAAGAGAGCAGAAGGCUUUCCCUCCACAGCGCGGGUGGGCGGGGCACGGGUUCAGGACACGCCCCCUGGUGGGGUGCGGGGCGCUCCUUGAGGCACUUUCCUCUCCCACAUGCUCCCUUCAGAACAGUACUGAUUUGGUCAACAUCAUCAAACACAUUUAUAAGAUAAUGGUCCAUAUUGCAGGAAACCAGGGUACUGCUGGUAUCCCCGGGUUCCUAGAGGAGAGAGCAGAGGCAGCAGGAGGGGACCUUAUCAGAGAGGCUGUGGGGAGACAGGUGAUUGAUUAGUGAGGUGAGGCUGUAGUGAGCAGCAGGAGCAGGGAGCGCCUAAGGAAGAGGAAAGACAGCUAGACAUGACUUCAGAGUAAGAAGCACACGAGGUGGGCAGAGAGGGCUGUGUCACAGGAAUAGAGCCUCAACAGAGCCCUUGAUGAGCAUCACAGCCCAGAAAGGCAGACCAGGGCAGAGACCAGCUGAAUGUGGAGGGCAGGGUCUGUAGAACUGGGCCAGAAAGGACUGUUGCCUUAGCAGCACAGGGAUCUAGAAAAGAACUUUUCUCCUCUUCUGAAGGGAACAGUGAAAAAGCAAAGUGGAACUUGGAGAUGGAUCAGGAAAACUGCUGUAAAAGUCUGCCUUCUGUGUGAAAUCAAAUCAAACUGAAAUGAAGAAUGAUAUUGUGUACAUGUGGUAACCUAUUGCUAUAUACUGGAAAUCCCAGUGUCUCUAUAGGAGGAAAUAAAGGCUGCUUUGCACUCACCUUUGAAAGGUUAA